CAAAUUCCUUGUUGUUGUCAUUGUUUGUGAAUUCUGUUUUGGCACGACGAAAAAAAAAAUUCCGGAUCAUGCGCUACGAUUCUGUUGAGCAAAUACUAAUGAAAAAAAAAUUGGAACACUAAUUUUGGCGCCGAUUCUUUCAUAAUUGCUGUAACUGGUUGGAACUAUUGUCAGUGGAUAUAACAAAAUUAUCAUUGAAUUCAAUGAUUACAAAGACCAAAAAAAAAAUAUCGUACCAGACACUCAUAAUGUAACCGAUAAGAUUAUCAUUAAUAAAAUUUUGACGAUUUACUUAAAUUCGACUUUCAUCGAGCAAAAUCUUUUCAUCGAACAACAACAACAACAACAACAACAAUGCCAUUCAAUAUAACAUUUUUACGAAAAAAUUGUACAGAAAAUGAAAAAACUUAUAAACAACGUAAAUCAUUCGCUAUGCGCCGUGAAGAAGUAUUGGGAAUUCGGACAAAAUUUCCAAAUAAAAUUCCGAUUAUUGUUGAACGUUCACCAAAAGAACGAUCAUUACCACGAUUGGAUAAGACUAAAUUUCUUGUUCCACAAGAAUUAUCAAUGGGAAAAUUUAUGACUAUAAUCAGAAAUCGAAUGAAUUUAAACACACGAUAUUCAAUGCAUUUCAUGAUCAAUAAUAAAACAGUAGCGGUUGGAAUGACUCGUACAAUGAACGAAAUAUAUAAAGAACAUAAAGAUAAAGAUGGUUUUCUUUACAUAACAUAUUCAUCGCAAGAAAUUUUUGGGUAAAAUUUUACACCCUUCAAUUUAUUGAUCAAGAAAGAAUCCAAAAAAAUGGACAUUAUGUACAUAUUGAAAAUAUCAUAAUAAAAAUUAUAA